AGUGUACGCUUUACGCUUGCUAAACGCUUUUCACGCUGUAUACGCUUGACUGGUACCUCGAAUUUUCCUGCGCUUAAGGAAUAUUCAUCUACAUAUAUUUGGCAUAAUCAGUAAAGGAUGCUGUCCCUCCAGGUUGUCUGCACGGUGCUCCUGCUAUCGUCGACCAUAACGUUGACGCUGGGAAAUUUCGCUGAGGAUGCGGAUCGCGCGGACACGACCACCUCCAAGUACCCGCUGCCCAUGGGGGUGUGCUACGAGGGCUUAGGCUGCUUCUACCGCAACGGCUCCUUCGAACACCUGACGCUGCCGCUCUCGCCCGACAUCCUCACCACGCGCUUCUUCCUCUUCACCGCGCUCAACCAGACCUUCGCCACGGCCGAUGAACUCAAGUGGAACGACCCGGCGUCCAUCGCCGCGUCCGCCUUCCGACCCAACCGGCCCACGAGGGUCAUCGCGCACGGCUUCACCAUGAGCGGGAUGGCGCAGAGCAUCCAGCGCAUCAAAAACUCCAUCUUGCGACGGGAGCGGGAGAACGUCAACGUCAUCAUCGUGGACUACGAGCGGGCGGCGCAGGAGCCGCAGUACUGGGAAGCGGCGGCUAAUAGUCAGGUGGUGGGCGCUCAGCUGGCCCGCGUCAUCGACCAUCUCAUAAACCUCAAACAAGCCAGAGCCGGCAACUUCCACCUCAUCGGCAUUUCGCUCGGCUGCCAAGUGUCCGCGCAUGCCGGCAAAAAGUUGAAGGAAUUCCGCAAUGAACGGCCGGGAAAAAUCACCGCGCUGGAUCCGGCGGGACCCCUGUUUGAAGGCUUCCCCUCGGUGGCCCGGCUGGCCAAGGGUGACGCGGACUUUGUGGAGGCCUACCACGGCAACGGGCUGCCGCUGUAUGGCGGCGGUCUGGGCAUGUGGUCGCAAGUGGGCGACAUCGACUUCUAUCCCAACGGUGGCGAGGAGCAGCCCAGUUGUCCGCCGGCGCUGUGGGGCACCAUCUCCAGCAUCAUGAAUCUGCAGCUGGGUCAGUUGGCGACGAGCGUGAUCUGCAGCCACGCCCGGCCGGCCUACCUGGCCAUCGAGAGCAUCGAAGCGGCGCUCUCUGGCUGCCGGUUCACGUCGGUGCCCUGUGAUUCCUACCAGGAAUUUCUCGACGGGCAAUGCAACACGCAGGAGCACCACCGCCAGGGCGGUCUCAUGGGCAUCUACGCCACCAACCGGCCUGCUUCCAAGAAGCACUUUCUCCUCACACUGGGCAACGCGCCCUACUGCGCCGUGCAACUGAAGGCCACAUUGACGCUCUCCCGAAGGUCGCGGGACGCCCGCGGCGUCUUCAUCAUCCAAGCGGUGGGAGCCGACACCUCGGCGGAAGCCCUGCCACUCGUCAUCUCGAAGAACGAGCACGUCCUGCCCGGGGAAGGCUUCAGCGAGAUGAUCGCCACCAACGUGCCGCUGGCCGGCAUCCGCCAGGUGCAGGUGCUGUAUAAGCGCGCCUGCUACCUGGGCGUCUGCGCUGCCGACACCGUCCAGCUGGGCUCGGUGGAGCUGGAGCACACCACGGCCUUUUCCACGGAUGUUUUGCGGGUGUGCGGCAACGGCGUCCACCUUGUCUCCGAGCAGUGGACGAAUGUCGACGUGUCCGCCUCCCAGGCAGCCUGUGCCGAUUGACCAACACUGAGAAGAAACGUUGCUCGACCGCGUCUCGGUCGGUCAAAAUGGACAAAUAUCACGUUGUAAUUAGUUCAUGUAUUUUUCUUACGCAUAAAUACAUAUGAGUAUAAUGAGGUGUGCUUGAUGAAGUCCUCCUCUGCUCUUAUUUAUCCCAUGGUGAAUUGUAAUCACACUGCUGCCAAUAAAUUAAUCUUCGUGCA